AUGUCCUCCUCGACCAGCAUCACAGAACCCGAUCCCCCUCGAGGCGAUUUUCAACCCGCAGGCCCAACCGACCUUCGCGCUCCCUGUCCCGCCCUCAACAGCCUCGCCAACCACGGUCUCAUCGCGCGCUCCGGCCGCAACAUUACCGCUGCCGAGCUCACCUCCGCCGUCCGCUACCUCGGUCUCGGUCCAGACGUCGCCUACCUCCUCGUCGGCAGCGCCUUCAAGGUCCACUCGGACGACCAACGAAACCCUCCACCAGGCACCAGAUGGUCCGGUCUGCGAGAUCCCGAGCAAGUCAAUGGAGAUGGCGUCCCCGUGCUCAACCUCGACCAAGUCGGCCGUCCCCACGCCACCGAACACGACGUCUCACUCACCCGCCAAGACCGGCUUGUAGGCAACUACAUGAAUCUAAACCCUGACCUCUACGAGGAUCUGCUCUCCUCCCCGCGAGAUCCGUCGAUUUUCCGACUGUCAGAUUUAGGUCGAUUCCGAAAAACUCGGUACGAUCAGCAAAAGCGAGCCAACGAGAACCUGGAUUUUGACACGAAGAAACAUUUCAUCGCGUGCGCAGAGGUGGCAGCUAUCAGCACGGUAUUUGGCCAAGGGCUCCGACGAAAGGUGCCGAGGAGGUAUAUCGAAGCGGUAUUUGGGGAGGAGAGGCUGCCGUAUGACGAGGGGUGGAGGCCACGAUCGUGGAAGGUCUUUUUGCCCGAGGUGGCGGUGUUCGUAUUGGGGGCUUCGUGGUAUGCGUGGCCGUUCUGA